CGCAAAUAAGCCUGGCGGGACACAAGUGUCAUGGCGCGCUCCAUCUGAAGUCUGUGUACUUUCCUGAUAGCGGCGGGUGGUUUUUCUCUCACUUUGGACAGAUUCACCUUUCAAGAGGACUUGAGACCAAUUUCUGAUAAUCAAGAAGAUGCCUUCUGCAUCCUGUGAUGCACUGCUGGAUGACAUAGAAGACAUCUUCUCACAGGAAGAGUCAAAGCCACAAGACAGACAUUUCUCAAGAAAGCAUGUGUUUCCUAAAGUACGAAGGCGGAAUACCCAAAAAUAUUUGCAAGAGGAGCCCAGGCCACCAAGUGACAGCACUAUUCCAGGCAUACAGAAAAUUUGGAUACGAACAUGGGGCUGCUCACAUAAUAAUUCAGAUGGAGAAUACAUGGCUGGACAGCUGGCUGCUUAUGGCUAUAAAAUUACAGAAAAUGCGUCAGAUGCAGAUUUGUGGCUCCUGAACAGUUGUACUGUGAAAAACCCAGCUGAAGACCAUUUCAGAAACUCAAUCAGAAAAGCUCAAGAGGAGAAUAAGAAAAUUGUCCUAGCUGGCUGUGUUCCCCAAGCCCAGCCUCGUCAGGACUACCUCAAAGGACUGAGCAUCAUUGGGGUUCAGCAGAUUGAUCGUGUGGUAGAAGUUGUGGAGGAAACAAUUAAAGGUCACUCAGUGAGACUCCUAGGCCAGAAGAAAGACAAUGGAAAGCGGUUGGGGGGAGCAAGACUGGAUUUACCAAAGAUCAGGAAGAAUCCACUGAUCGAAAUAAUUUCAAUCAACACGGGGUGUCUCAAUGCUUGUACUUACUGCAAAACUAAACAUGCCAGAGGAAACCUGGCCAGUUAUCCCAUUGAUGAACUUGUAGAGAGAGCCAAGCAGUCUUUUCAAGAGGGAGUCUGUGAGAUAUGGCUGACCAGCGAAGACACUGGAGCCUACGGCAGAGACAUUGGCACAGAUCUCCCCACACUCCUAUGGAAGCUGGUGGCAGUGAUUCCUGAGGGAGCCAUGCUGAGGCUGGGCAUGACAAACCCACCAUAUAUUUUAGAGCAUCUGGAGGAAAUGGCGAAAAUCCUCAACCACCCCAGAGUCUAUGCUUUUCUUCACAUCCCAGUGCAGUCCGCCUCUGACAGUGUGCUCAUGGACAUGAAGAGAGAGUACUGCGUGGCUGACUUCAAAAGAGUUGUGGAUUUUCUCAAAGAGAAGGUUCCUGGAAUAACAAUUGCUACGGAUAUUAUCUGUGGUUUUCCUGGAGAAACCGAUCAGGAUUUUCAAGAAACACUGAAACUUGUUGAAGAGUACAAAUUCCCAAGCCUCUUCAUCAACCAGUUUUAUCCAAGACCCGGAACUCCCGCUGCCAAAGCCGAACAAGUUCCAGCACAUGUGAAAAAGCAAAGGACAAAAGAUCUCUCUCGGGUGUUUCAUUCCUACAAUCCAUAUGAUCACAAGGUAAGAGAAGCAUGUGAGUAGUGUGUUUGGGAUUUACACCAAUUCCUGUUCUAAGUAUGAAACAAGUAAGGGGAGUGCUU